ACAUGGGUGUGCAAAUGUUCUGAGAGCGGCGCAGGUGGCCCCAGCCAGCUCUUAGGUCUGGGAGGAGCGAGGGAGCUAGAAAGCGCUGCUUGGCUGUCUGGCCGGUAGGGUUGCCUCUUUUUUUUUUCUUUCUUCCUUUUUUUUUUUUUAAACCUCUUCGGUCUAGUAGCCCUGCUAUUAUUGAUGCAAAAAGAGAUCCAGGGACGCCCCAAUUCGCUUGGAUCGAGGUCGUCUGGAGCCAGCUAUCUCUUCACCCCAGGAAGAGUGGCUAAAUAUGAGUAAUAAAAUAAAUAAAUAAAAAUAAGAGAGCGCUCUUUUCCAAACGGAAGAUUGAUUGGGAUUUUUCUCUCCAUCCUCCCUCCUUCUUCCUCUUUGCUAGUUUAACGAAAUCGGCAGAGUGAAGGGGCGAAAGAGGUAUGGCUCGACCUCUUCCUUUGAACCCAACUUUCCUACCUCCAACUUAUGGGGUGCUGAAAUCCCUGCUGGAAAACCCGCUCAAGCUGCCGCUGCGUCACGAAGAUGCAUUUUAUAAAGAAAAAGACAAAGACAAAAAACUGGAUGACGACAGUACUAGUGCCACUGUCCCACAGUCUGCUUUUCUGGGGCCUACGUUAUGGGACAAGACACUUCCCUAUGAUGGUGACACUUUCCAGUUGGAAUACAUGGACCUGGAAGAAUUUCUCUCAGAGAAUGGCAUUCCACCCAGUCCAGCCCAGCACGACCACAGCCCUCAUCAACCAGCUCUUCAGCAGCCUACCUCAGCAACACCAUCUGUCAUGGACCUCAGCAACAGAGCAUCCACAUCGGUCCACCCGACUAUGGUUUCCCAAAACUGCAUGCAAAGUACAGUCAGGCCAGGUCAGAUCUUGCCUACAAACCGAAACACGCCAAGUCCUAUUGAUCCCGACACCAUUCAGGUUCCAGUUGGGUAUGAACCAGACCCUGCCGAUCUUGCUCUUUCUAGCAUUCCUGGCCAGGAAAUGUUUGACCCUCGCAAGCGCAAGUUCUCUGAGGAGGAGCUCAAGCCCCAGCCGAUGAUUAAGAAAGCUCGCAAAGUCUUCAUUCCAGAUGAUCUGAAGCAGGAUGACAAAUACUGGGCAAGACGUAGAAAGAACAACAUGGCUGCCAAGCGAUCUAGAGAUGCCCGGAGGCUGAAGGAGAACCAGAUUGCUAUCCGUGCCUCAUUCCUCGAAAAGGAGAAUACGGCCCUGCGCCAGGAGGUGGCUGAUCUACGGAAAGAGUUGGGCAAAUGCAAGAACGUCCUUGUCAAGUAUGAAGCCCGGCAUGGUCCUCUGUAAAUGGUGUCCCCCCGCCACCCUUUUCUGUUUCUUUUCUUCCCACUUAUUAUUUUAUUUUUAUUUUUAUUUUUCUUUAAUUUUGUGGUUUGGCAUUUAAAUAGAUGGACAGUGUGUUUCCUGUUUGAUAGCACCUCACCCAAACCAACUUUUCAGUCAUGGGCACUUUAACAGAAAGCAGAACCAGAACCAGUGUACAACCUGUGUGUAUGUGUGCGUGGGUGUGCUUGCACACAAGUGCGCAAGCACACCUGUGAAUGAGUGUGCAUGUCUGUCUUGGCUCUUCUUGUUUUUUUAUGAAACCCUAUUUGCAGGGUUGGGUUGGCCAAGACUGGCCAUAGUAAACUUUUUAUUGAAUACAUACAUGUAGAUAUGCAUGUAUAUAUUUUCCAGUGCUGCUUGAGCUGUAUUCUUGUCUUAUCCAAUCCCAUUAUUUUGAUAUAACUUGGAAAAAAAAAGAAACAAAAUGAAAGAAAAGCAUCCUGGUAAUGAGGAAGAACAAGAGAAAGAACAGAAAGGUAGAGCUGUUUUUGGUUUGUUGUUUCAAGAAGGCACAUCAGUCUGUGUAAAUUUACUGAUAUAAUGCACAAUUGAUAUCCAUGCUGUGCCGCAGAGAUAUUAAUUUAUAGAUUUGCUUUUUAUUUUGUUUUGGUUUUCUUUUAUGUUUUUUGGUAAAUAAAAUAGACAUUCAGAUUCAUAGUGUAUUCUAUAGCCUCCUUGUAGAAUAAUAAGGAACAGCUAACUUUCCUUUUAUUGCUAUAAAAUCAAAAAUAAAUAGGUAGAAGUAUUAUAAAUAGAUCGGAGAGAGUAUAUUUUUGCAUCCCCUGGAUCUUGUACUGGUUAAAAUAUUCCUGGUGGACAUUGGAUGACUUUGCUACCUUAAUACCAUAACUUUUUAGUGCUCUUUUUUCAUAAAAUGUUAAAGAUUUCUUGAUAGUCUACCUAAAAAGAUCCCUAACCAGACAAGCAAAAAACCCCCAAAAAUCAUCAUAUGCCUGCACAAUGUCAGAGCAUGCUGUACAGAUAAAGGUCAAAGCAUAUUCCUGCCUUAGGUGAAUUAAAUUUUUGUUUCUGCCAUCCCUCCCCCUUUUUUUUAAUGAUAUGUGGGGCACAACACUGAAUUAUACAGGUAUGCAAAACAUUUUAAGGUUGAAAUACUCCAACCUUGAAAUACCUGUUUCAGUCUUAUCGAGAACUGACCAGGAUACCUUUGUCUUUCAUCUGAUUUCUUUUACACUUUGCAGCCAGCAAGUGGAAAUCCAGAAGCUUUCAGUUAAAUUUCUUGGGAAGUAGGGGUGUCAAUUCAGCCAAGGAACUGCCACGCUGCUUCUGCAGAUCCUUCUCCAAUCUGCUCAGCCUGCAGUGCUUUUUCAAGAGUUAAGCUGGGCCAGCAGCCCUUGAACCUGGUCAUUAGAAGAGCUUGUCUGCUUUUGUCUGGGUGGUCAAGCUGCUCUUGUGAAUGUCUGCUGCUGUUUUGUGCAGAUCCCCAGUCCUUGCCCUCGACCAGCCUGUGUCUGGCAUAACCAGAGGGGUCUGGAUCAAUCCCCGGUUGGGGACAAAGGUCAAGUGGUGCUUGUCUUCAGCCCACCACCCACUCUUCAAAGAGUUCAGUGCUGUUCUUGGGGUACAGGAGGGACACUGAUUGCCAUGCUAGGUAAGGAUGAAACUACACAAAAAAUUCAAGAUAAUUCACCGAUCAGAGAACUGGAAAAGCAAAAUUAAAAAGGCCUAUGUUACUACCACCUUUUGGAGUUUGAGCAGAUUAUAUUUUUAUUUCCACUGAUGCUCAAUUUCUGAAAUUCUCGUUUUUUCUCUGAAAGACUUUGAAUUCAGCUUUUUAGUUAACUAUGUGCAAUAUACUUUCUGUAGAUUUCUCACCUGCUGGUUUUGUUUUAUUUCCCCCAAAUUGUUUUGAUUUAGUUAGAAGUCAUUUUUGUAAUUUUUUGCCUUGACAUGUUGCUGUGAUUGUAUCAUGACCUGAUGGUUUUCAGAGUUUCUCCUGUUAUUUUUUUAGCUUUGAUUUGUUUUCUGAACUUACGUUAUAUUAUAUAAAGUAUUUUUGGAGGGUGGGGAGGAAAUGAAUGUAAGAGAUGCAGAUAUAUAUUGAAAGGUGAUGGUGUCAUACUGUGGUUAAUUCAGUUCUUUUAAAGGUUUCCUGAAGACCAAAAGAAAUUGAUUAUUAUAAAAUUUAUAAAAUUUAUACAGAAUCAUUAGAGUUGGCUCUUUUUUUGUACAGUAUUUUUCAAGGACAAAUGCUGAUUGCGUAUUUUGGGAAAAGAAUAAGAUAUAUAUAUCAUAUGUUUAAGCAAAGAGGAUUUUAAAAAACUAGAUUAUUUCACUUUAAAGAUGACAAUAUAUCUCUUUAUAUAUUCAUGAAUAUUGAGUACAGAAUAAAUGCUUCUAGGGCUUUUUUAAAAUGACGAUAUUGUAUGCCCGCCACUGGCACAUUAACGUAGCUUUGUGUUUCCAGUUCGAGAAUAAUACAUGUCUCUGGGCACAGUUGCUUGCCUCUGGAAGGAUCACAUCGGGUGCAAUAGAAGGCUCUACCUCCCUCCUUUUCUUAGUCUAUCUAACUUUAGCAACUGCCCAUGUAUGAGAAGAACAGAGUUGUGCAUGUUCCUCCCUUCCACCAUAAGGACUCCAUAGUUCCUGCCAGCCCCAUGUAACCCCUCCAUGCAAAAGCGGCUGUGUUCAUAUGGGGACAGAUGGGACUCUAAAUGUUUUAAGCAUGUAACAUUGUUUGCUGUGGUCUUUCAAAUUUCUCUUGAGUAAAUACAGCUUUCCUUUUAAAAAUGUAAUUAAUUGGUUGGAGAAAGCACAAGGUUGGUGACAUCUGUCAUAGAGCUUCAUGAGUGCAAAUACUGUAUGUUGGGGACUGGGCAAUAUGAUCCAAAUGCUCAUAAAGCUUACAUUAUCAAUUCUCUUUGACAUUUCCAGUCCAUCCUAUGGUACAGAUUGGUAUCUAUGGUGAGAGUUUGAAAAAAAAAUCCAUUACAAAGAUGGUUCUUGCAGAUUGAAGCAUGUUUCUCUCAAAAGACAUCAACUGAGGAGGCCAGAAUGUCUCCCAGACCUCUCCCAACAGGCAGCUUAACAGAGCUAAAACAGAGGACCUAUUUUUCAACUAAGUACAGUGGAGAGCAGGUAAGCAGUCUGCUUCAGGUAUCUCCAAAAUGCUGGACCUCGUACUGUAGCACCCAAAAUUCCCAGCCAGCCAGGGCUCUCUCUGGGUGAUGGGCAGUGUAGCUCUGUGUGCUUCUCCAGGUUCGGAAAGGGUGCUUAAUCUUUGGGGGACAAUUCGGAAGCAGUAAGGGUUAUUUCACAUGUUAGAGAUGAGCCCAGGUUGGUUCCUCAGUAUUCACUCCCUGAUCUCAUAACCUGUUUGUCACAUUUGUCCAAACUGAAUUCCCUUCUAUCCAAGUUGUUGGUGCCCAGGGUUUUCUAUAAGGCAAUAGUUUCUGCUUGUGGCAUCAUAUCGCUUCUUGUUGUUUACUGUUACCCACAUUGGGUAGUGCUGACAGACAAGUUCAACAACAUCUGGAGAGCACAGAUUCCCCAAUCUGUCCUCAUGCUUCCUACUUUCAUUCUGGCAUCUUCUAGAGGUCCAUUGUUUCAGUUUUCUUGCCCAGUCUCAUUCUGUCUCUGGUUGAGUACAAGAAUGAGCAAAGCCAUGUGACUUCCUUAAGCCAUACUUGGCUUUUAUUAUACUUGAACAGGUGUUUUCUUGAAUUGGUGAAUUACAGAAAAGAUACGGUUUUUUAGUGCAUUAAACAAAAUUGCACAUCAGAAAAUUAUGGUGCCACAUGUUUUUCUAGAGCUUUUUUUCCAUCAAAACAAGUGCAUUUCUGUUACAUAAAAUCACCUUACAUUAUAGGUGAUUUAAACAAAACUUUUGGACAAUUGCAAAGAAAUGCUGCCAUUAUUAUGAGGAUUUUCCAGAAAGUUUGAAAAUAUAUCCCAGUGUCCUAAAUAUUUUAAUAGGCUUUUUUUGGACCAUUAUUUCAGCUGAUUAAUCAUCUUUAGGGGAUAAACUAUCCUUUACUGGCCAGUAAAUAUACCUGUCUAUAUGUUCAUGUGUGUGUGAAAGUGAAAAUAAAUAUUAAGCUGAUAAUAAUUUCCACUGAGUGUAAAACAAGCCUCAAGGACAUAAUACUGGGAGAAGGUAGGACUGCUUUAAGAAGUUGCGAUCACAUGGUCUGUUCAUUUCCCCCAAAUCCGAAGUAUUUCAUGGUCCUACUCAUAACUUUGUCUGGAGGUGCCAGUGUGGAAACUCAAGUUAACAAAGAUGUUUUGCAGGCUAGGAAGUUUUAUCUGCAUGGUUGACAUGGAGACGUUAAAGAAGUAUAAUUUCACUAAUCUGGAGAUUCUUUUGAGAUGUAAAGAUCUUACAGUGGACAGUGAUCCUAGAUACAGUGCUGUUACUGUUAGAAACACCAGUUGCUUCAUCGUUAUAGGUUCACUUAAUUUCUAGACAGGGCAACUAUAUCCAGUCACAGCAGGUAGGCCAAAUUAUACAAUGGCUUCUGUGAAUAAUCAGUAGUUACACAAUACAUCUUGAGCAACCAGAUGUCCACGCUUGCUCUGCCCUCAAAACACAUUUUUGUUUACUUCUGAUUUUGAGCUUCAACUUGGCCUGCUAGUUUAUUUGGUUUUACACUAUGAAUCUGUAUAGAUGAGUGGUCAGCUUCUCUCAAAAGAACAAACAGAGAGAAACUAGUUAAGAAAAAACAUAGAUGAUGACAAGGGUAAGACAGUUAUGAUUAGAGCAGAUGAUAAAUAAGGAGGAUGGAUUGUCCAGAGACGGGCAUAAUCUAAGCAAGAUCGACGACAAUAGGCCACUGAUCAGAGCUGAAACCUAAGUAGCUGUCUGCACAUUGUAAAGUGCGUUAGCAUCUGGAUCGGCUUGUGGAUCAAGCUGAGGCUGACGACAUUGGAAUAAGAGAAGUCUUUUUCCAAAUCCUGCCUACCAGCCUCUCCCAACUGGAUGCAUUCUAAAUGUGGUGGGAAUAUAUUGCCCAUACUUUGAACCAGCCAAAAGCCAUGCCAGCUAGCAAGUCUGUAGCCCUAAUAUAUCUGGAAGGCACCAGCUUAGGGCCUGACAAUUAUCUACACCAGAAAACCAUUGGUUGGUGUUUUUGCUGGGAAAGAGUUUGCAAGAAACAUAUUCCUGGUCUCUCAUGAAACAGCCAUUAGAACCAGCCAUUUCAUCAAUUCUGAAACUGAUGCAGGUAACUAUGGCCCUCCUGAUGUCCUGCAAAUGUUGUAUACCCAUCAGCCCCAGCCAGUAUGACAAAGAGUUGGAUAUGAUGGAGGUUGAAACGAAAAACAGGAAGGCCACAGCUUCUCCACCAUCUGGUAUCGAUAGGAGAGUGCCUCAUCUGUACACGUGGUCUGUUGUUUCACUGCUCCAUUGAAUUAAGACUGCACAUUAUUUGCUGGAGUGAGAUGUAUAUUAGGCUACAAUUGUAUAUGCUCUAGUAUUUUUGCACACAGUGGGCUUACUUCUGAGUAAGAUUUAGGUAAGUUAUUAAUGAAUGAAACUUAGCCUUAUCUUUUGAGUUAACUAGUCCCCUGGCCUUUAUUCUUGCUUCAAAAAUUGUGUGUGUGUGUUUGGUAUGUGUGCAUGAAUGCACACUUGCAUUAGAGCGUGUGUUUGAGAAAAGCAAGAAUAAGCUUUUGGUAUUUUUCAUUUAUUUGGAAAAAUGUUCCACUUUUUUCUCUCUCUCAAGUGAUCAACCAUUGUGUUUCUGGCAACCUCAUACGAGACCUCUGUUCACAAGAGUUUAACAAACAAGAUCAAAUUAAAUGUACGUCAUGACAUGAAUUGUGUUACGUAUGUUUUUCAGCCCCAAUCUUUCUGUUACUCUUUAACGUUUAAUAAAAACAUUUAAAUUUUU